UAUAUCUCGACAUAUAAUUCACAUCCAUACAAAUACUUUGUUUUUCUUGUAACAAUUUGUGCUAGUAUUUGCGUGUUGCCAAACAUAUCUGCGUCAUGCAAUGACACCAGUUGUAGUGGAAAUGGAGUUUGUAAGAUGAAAUUUGUGUCUGUGAUGAUGGCUGGAGAGGUUCUCAAUGUCAGCAUUGUGUAGGAAACGUUAGUUCAGAGUGCAAAUCAAGCGAUGCCAGGACCUCAGAAUGUGAAUUUUAUCACAUAUGUUCCAAAUGUCAAGAUGACCCAUUAUGCGGUUGGUGCGAUGACGGAUCCGGAACAGGAACUGGAAUUUGUCUCCCUGGAAAGUACGAAGAGAUUAGAUAAUGCGGACAACGCUAAAUUCGUAUUACUAAUACUAAUUGUUAAAAAUAACACGGUUAAUAAAACUGCUUAUGAUUUGAUUAAAUUUAAUUCUAUUUUAGGACCAUUCACAAACACCACGUCCAUGACUUGUCCAGUAAAACAUUGGUACUUCAGAAGCUGUCCUCAGUGUCAGUGCAACGGCCAUGGUAGUUGUGAUAAUAAUUCCAGUACCUGCAUUAAAUGCAAUAGCAGGACCACUGGAAGCAACUGUCAGCAAUGUAUUAAAGGUUAUUGGGGAAGUACUUUAAAUGGAGGCCAAUGUAAAAAGUGCCAAUGUACUCUUGAUGCUAACGAUUGUAAUAAGGAGAGUGGAGCAUGCAAUUGUUUGACAAAGGGGACGAUUGGAAAUAAUUGCGAUCAGUGUGACAGAUUCAAUCAUUUUUAUCCAGAUUCAUAUAAGAAUAACGCUUGCUAUUGUCCAAGAUAUAUGGUAGGCUUCAAGGUCAUUGACCAGAGGAAUGAAUAUCACAAGUAUAUUAAUCAAAUUAGUACUCAAAAUGAACCAUUCUAUUACAUUACUUUAAAUUUAGUGAAAAUUUAAUAAAAAUUGCUGAUCGUCAAUUCUUAUUGGUCAAUAA